AUGUCUUUCAUCAGGUCUUCCGCACUACGCGCCUCCUCAUUAGCUCGCGCUGCCCGCCCAGCGAGGUAUAUCCGCACUGCCGAGCUCCAGCCAUGGCAACGAGCUGUCCAACGCCGAACAUAUGCCAGCGGCCACGGUCCCGAGGGCGAUGCUAAGAGCAGCGAUGUCCCAUGGAUGGCCGCCGCCGUAGUUGGCACCGCUGUUGGUCUCUACACUGUCGUAAACCAAGAUACAAACCACGGCGCCGAACACCACCCUCUCGGCGACCCACAUGGCGAGGGCGGUGCCCAAAAGACUGGUACCGGAUCUACCGUAGGCGAGGAGAACAAGCAGGAUGAGCCUGAGGAGGAGACCAAGGACGAAUCCAAGGAAGAGUCCAAGGACGAAUCUAAGGAGGAGCCAAAGAGCGACCAGCAGGACCCAUCCAAGCCCACCAAGGAGAACAGCGAGGAGAAGGACACGCAAUCUCCUGACCAAUCUGACAAGCCCGAUCCCCGUAAGGAGGAGACCAAGAGCCAGAACGAGAUGUCAGGCAAGCAAAAGGGACUGUCCAACGACAACACCGAACACACCUCGCAGAUUUCCAAGCAACCCGAGAAGAGCAAGAAGGGCGAGGGUGUUGCUGAGACUGCUAAGCUACAAGGAACUGUCUCUACCGAGCGUCCUGGUGCGGAGAACAAGGAGGAGCGUGGAAAGGCUCAACAGGACAAGGACGCAUAG